UUUAUUUUUAUUUUCAGAGGAAACCUUCAUCCAUUGCAAUCAGGCAUUGAGCUGACCCUCUAUGAGUCUGUGACUGCUGGGGUCCUGCCUCCGGAGCCCGUGCGGGGAUGUCUCGGAGACCCCGCGCUGACUGCUGCUCAAACAUCACGUUGACAUGGAUGAUGAAGAUGGACGAUGCUUGCUAGAUGUAAUUUGUGAUCCUCAGGCCUUGAAUGAUUUUUUACAUGGAUCUGAAAAGAUUGACAGUGAUGAUCUCUUGGACAACACAGGAGAUGCAGCCAGUGCCUUCUUUGAGGGUGCUGGGCUGCAUGUACAAGAAACCUCUGGCAAUCAUUUGAAUGCUGAGCAAAGCCAACCCACAACAAGUGUUGAUCUAGACUUCUUGGAAGAUGACAUUCUGGGGUCACCUUCAGGAGGUGGAGCUAACCUGCAGAAUUCAGAUCAACCAUGUGAUAUCCUCCAGCAGAGUUUGCAGGAGGCAAACAUCACUGAGCAGACUCUGGAAGCAGAGGCAGAACUGGAUCUGGGUUCUUUUCAGCUCCCUACGCUCCAACCAGUGGUCCACACUGCCUCGGAUGGUACUCCACAGAUUUUUUCCAGUGGGGCUGAUCUUAUUGGACUACAGCAGCCUGCUGUCCUAACUCAUCAAGCACUGGUGCAGCAGUCUGUUGGGGCUGAUGUUGUCAACAAAGCCAUCAGUGUACAGCCUUUUCUUCAGCAAGUUGGCUUAGGGAAUGUCACCAUACAGCCAAUUUCCAACCUUCAAGGGUUGCCUAAUGGGAGCCCCAGUGGGGCACUGGGCAUUGGGCAGAUUCAAGUGGUUGGCCAGCAAGUUAUGGCAAUUAACCAGCCUACUCAACAGAUUAUUGCUAAGCAAGUUCAGCCUUCCCAAGUAGCCACUAUGCCAGUAGGAAGUUAUAUCACUCAGACGGCACCAGAACAACAGCAGGUCACCCUUGCCUCCGCUGGAGUAUCCCCACAGAAUGCUGGUCUUGUGAUCCAGAAGAACCUCCCAGCAGUGGCCACUACAACUCUGAAUGGAAGCUCCAUGUUUGGAAGUGUAUCAGCCACUCAGGGUUCCCAGCCACUCACUGUCACAUCAAACUUGAGCAGCCCACUUGUUCAAGCCCAAAAUGUAAUCAUUCACCGGACGCCCACACCGAUUCAACCCAAACCUGCAGGAGUUCUUCAGCAGAAGUUGUACCAGAUUACCCCCAAGCCAUUUGGCCCCAACAACACCACAUUGACCCUCCAGAAUGAGGCUGCUCUCCAGCAACAGAAAGCUCAGCAGAACUUAACUUUUAUGGCAGGCAAAGCAGGACAGAAUGUGGUGCUUUCUGGCUUCCCCCCAGGGCUGCCCGCCAACAUGUUCAAGCAGCCGCCACCACAGCAACAAACCCUUAACAAGCCAAUGAGUGUUCAUCUGCUUAAUCAAGGCAGCAGCAUUGUUAUCCCAGCACAGCAUGUCCCCCAGGCCAUGCUGCAGGGUCAGAAUCAGUUCCUUCUCCCAGGACAACUCACUGGAACAUCUACAGUUCAGAUCCCUCAGCAGCUCUCAGCAUUACAGGCUAACAUGGGUGGUCAGAUUCUCACAACCUCACAUCCUAGUGGGCAAACUCAUAUCAUCACCAGCCAAGGCCCAGGUGGGCAGCUAAUAACAAAUCAAGCACUGCCUGCCCAAAUUCUUACCAAUCAGAAUCUGGCAAGCCAACUCAAUUUGGGACAGGUACUCACCUCACAGAAUGCACAUGGAACUGCUCAUAUUCUUUCUGCACCUAUCCAGUUGCAACCAGGGCAGGUCGGCCAGCCAACUCUCUUCCAGAUGCCUGUAUCUCUGGCUGGUAGCCUGACAACUCAAAGCCAGCCCACUGUUGCAGCCUCACUGGCCAGCGGGGCCAUCAAUCAGAGUGGUCAGACUGUUAUCCAAGGAGUCACUCUGCCUAACCAAGUGGCUAUGUUAAACGCUACUGAGAGCCUCAACCAAACCGUGACCAUACAAGCACCUCCUAAUGCCAGCAGCCAGAGCCCUGGUCUUAUUCAGCCACAGUCAUCCUCCAGCACCAAUUUACUACCAAGCAGUGACCAAGCCAAUAUGCUCACUGUCCAGUCCACCUCUCAGCCCUCUGCUCCUUCUCAGCUUCAGCUGAAUGUUCAGCAACAAACAUCACCACCUCAGCAACCAGCGCAAAUACCCGUGACUUCCCAGUCCAGCCCUAACUUGGUGGCAUCAAGUCCUGAAAAGAUUAUUUUGGGCCAGACAGCUGCUGGAACUGUCAUCUCCCAGGAUUCCAUGCAGAUGUUUCUACAGCAGAAGGAUCAGAGCCAGCAGCAGCAGCAGCAGCAGCAGCAGCAAUUUUAUUCGCCAGCCCUGAAAAUGCAGCAGGAGAGCAGUAUGAAUGAACCCACCGUACCUCCCCACCUGCCAAUGCCUCUGCCCAUCUACAGCCUAGCCACCACUGCACUCAGCACCACAAGCAGUGUCCCAGCCUCGGUGAUAGUCAGCAGCAGUGUAGGCGCAGCCCUGCAGCCGCCUGCCAGCCGAGAGCUGAACCAGAACCACAACCUGCCACCGGUGGAUUCCAAAGUACCACAGUUCUCGACUGGCCCUUCCCAGCAGGCACUGGCUUGCCAGUUGCCUUCAGGGCAGCAGAAACUCCCUGGAGCCUCCCCAUCUCAUUCACUACCUCAUCCUUCAAUGGGGGAAAGCCCCCAGCUCCAGCCCACGCACCUUUCCCAGAUACAGUCUCCACACCAGUCCCGUCCUCCAUCACAGCCUCAACCUCUUUCACGGCCACCCUCCCGGCCUCACUCAAGGCCUCCUUCCCAGCCUCAGACUUUAUCCAGACCUCCUUCUGAACCCCUGUCACGAUCUUGCACCCCUCAGACACAGAUGCAGAACUUAUAUGUGAUCCAGAAUCAGAUUGCUUCCUCUCCUCAUGGUUCCAACCAGCAUCCCCUACGACCUCCCUCACAGCCUCAGGUACCAUUUCAAGCACCACAAGCCCAGCCAGAGGGACAGCCUCAGCUAGCAACCCCUCCGCAUCUGCCGUUACAGGUGCAGCUUGCUCCUCAACUCCAGACCCAGUCUGAGGCUCAGGGGCAGGCACGGUUACAACCCCAGAUUCAGGCUUCUUCUGAAGUGCGGCACACUCAUUCCCCCCAUUUCCAGAUACAGUUCCCUGCCCAAGGCCCUAUCAAACCUCCCACAUCAACCCAGACACUUCAUCUGACAUCAGAACAACAGAGAAGCUUUCAGAUGGUUUCAAACCAGUUCCAGGCUCUCUCCACGAUUCCAGCUCCUGUUCCUCAGCAGAAACAGCUAAUGGAUCGAUUUCAACAGGUACCCCAGGGAAUUAUCCUUCAAACAAAACAGUCGACAUCCACUAGCCAGGCACCCCCUGCACUGAGCCAAUUUAGCAGUCAGUCCUCUUCAGUUUUGGUUAGCAGCCAAGGACAGCAGGUCACAGUGACAACAACUCAAGCUCAGGCACCAGCAGUUCAUGGCCAUACGCCUGUCCCCACAACAAUUCAGUCUUCCAGUACAGGUUCAAGCAAAGCAGCUCCUGUGCUUGAAAAGGGGCAAGUACCAAGAGGAACAACAAGUGGAGGAGGAGGGCAGCCUGCACAGUGUACAGCAGUUCUUCAGCAGCAAACACCUGUGUUAGUCAAAUCAGGAUCAGUAUCAAUUGCUGCUCCAGUUUCUGCCGAGAGUAAAACAUUUUCCAGCAGCUCCACAGCUAUUUCUGGAGGGAAAGCAACUUCUGGACAAGGAAAACCCACAAUUCCUCAUGCCGUACAGCAGUCAGUUCAGGCCAAGCCUGGAGUCAUUAGUUCUGUAUCAAGCCUGAAUCUUGGGAAAGGUCAGCUGCAGCUCCAGGUAGUUGGAAAAGGCUUGCCACAAGUAAUGUCUUCAGCACAAGCCCAAAUCCAGCAGCAGUAUGAUAGCAAGCUUGGAAGCCUGAAAAAAGCACCCCCAAUGCUACAACCGAGCAAGGAAGCUUGCUUCUUGGAACAGCUGCAUAAACACCAAGGAGCAGUUUUGCAUCCUGAUUACAAAACCUCAUUUCGGUCAUUUGAAGAUGCUUUACAAAGGCUCCUACCUUACCAUGUCUAUCAGGGAACGCUGCCUUCUCCCCAUGACUAUCGGAAAGAUGAAGAAUUUGAAAUGGUGUCCACACAGCUGUUGAAACGUACACAAGCCAUGCUGAACAAAUAUCGGUUGCUACUCCUGGAGGAAUCCCGGAGAGUCAGUCCUUCAGCAGAGAUGGUGAUGAUUGACCGGAUGUUCAUACAGGAAGAAAAAACUACCUUAGCUCUUGAUAAACAGCUAGCAAAGGAGAAGCCAGAUGAAUAUGUCUCCUCAUCUUCACGGUCGCAGAGUUUUGCUUCUUCUGUGGCUCAAGGCUCUCUGCCCAGCAGUGUUCCUUUGACCUCUGAGAACUUGAAAUCACCUCCAGUACAGAUGGCAACUCAUAUCAAUCCCACCAAAUUGGUCAUCAAGCACAGUGGAGGUUCCCCAUCUGUAACGUGGGCCAAAGCGUCUCCCUCAUUAGAUGGGGAUGAGGAUGCCCUGCCCUCCAGGAGCAAGCCGCCCAUUAAAACCUACGAAGCUCGGAGCCGGAUUGGACUGAAGCUAAAGAUCAAACAAGAAGCAGGACUUAGCAAAGUGGUUCAUAACACUGCUUUGGAUCCAGUUCACCAGACACCACCACCCACGUGCACGGUUAUCAAAACACCUGACCAGCAUUCGUCUACUUCAUCCAUUACCACCACUACAACUACGACUGCUACCGCCACUACCUCAGUGGCAGGACAAAUGAAUGGGACGGUUGACCAUAUCAGUGCGGCUCCGAUGGAGAAAAAACCCAUUGUGACCUACUGCAGGCUUCCUCUCCGUAAAACUUACCGGGAGAAUGUGGAUGCUUUUGUAGCAGAUAAAGCUUCUGACACCCCUCUGAAAGGGAGCAUCCCAAAAUCUGAUACGGUGCCAAGUUCUCUUAUCAUCAAACAGGAUGGUGGGUCCAGAAGUGUUAUCACAUCCCACAAAACUCAGGAGAGUCCUUCCACAGCUGUGGCAGAGAAAAGCAGGUCAGAGGAAAACACCAAACACACCUUUUUCAACCGGAGUGAUGCCCGUUCUUUGGUGAUGCAAGAAAGCCCUGCCCCUCCUAAGACCGAUGAUUCAACCAGUGGCCUUAUGAAGGAAUUAGCGGAAGUUGAGGAUGAGUUUUACCACCGAAUGAUAAAGACUGAGCCACUUGACCAUGGGUCAGCCUCUGAACUCACAUGGGAGGUGCCCUUGCCCCCAGCCAAACGGAGAAAGUCCGAAUCUUUUGAUGUGGACAAUGCCAGCUUCUCCAGUGACAGCCCCCCAGAUGACUCACUAAAUGAGCAUCUACAGAGCGCCAUUGACAGCAUCCUGAAUUUGCAGCAACCUCAGGCUGGGAGCCAGAACACUCGAACACCCUCAUCUUCAUACAACUCCUCCUCCUCCCCUUUCUCCUCACCUGUCCACCGCACAGACACAUACCUUGCCCCCAAUCACAACGGUGGCCUUGGAGCAAGGACGUUAAACAGAUAACAGAAGUUUAAAGCAAGUAAAGACUGUACAAAGAGAGCCAAGGACUGAAGCUGCAGCAGCUUCUGCUGGCUGGGAACGGUUGGAAGCCAAGGUGCCACUUCCCAGAGACCUGCUAGAAUAGGGCUGAUACCAGAAGGGAAGAGUGGGGAUCUGGGGUGGGGAGGGCAACAAGAAUGUCCUACAGAGGCUUCAUCCAUCCAAGUGUUUAUAUGAUGGGCUUUGGUUGUUGUAAAGUACGAGCUUCGGCUGGAUUUACAAUAUACUUGUCUCAUCACAUGCACCAUUAAAAAAAAAAAGUUCAGCAAAUGCCAAGCAGGCAGGUGGGAGGGGGUUGGAUUGGGGCCCAUAGGUAGUGUUGGCUGUGUAAUAUUUAGAUUCUGUAACAAAUUGCUAAUUUGAAUCUCUGAUGAUAAUUGGGUUUGUUUUUCCUCCUCUCCCCAAACUCUACUACUAUAUUUAGGACAUUUUAACAAAUCUUAAAUCAGAAGCCAGCAGGGAGGCCAAAGGAAGGGGCAGGGGUAAGGUGACAAUUCUACAAGGAGUUGGCACAUGGGGCAAUUAUGUAAUUGAUUUUGUCAGGUUUCUUAAGUUAUUUUAAGUAUAAACUGUCUGCUUUUUUUAUAUAAAAUAGAUUCUGAACAAGAUGCAAAAAAUAUAAACACUAAUGCUUAAAAACAAAUAAGCAUGGAUGAAUUUACAAAUAAAUCACUUUGAAAGAGGAAACCAGUCCAUUUCUGGACAUGGAUGGGUGUUGUUAACAUAACCGUGGUGGGUGGAACAAGGAAAGUUCUGGCAAGAGGAUGUGCAUUUCUCUCUCCUCUUUUCCCGUCCCAUCCUAAAAGAAAAUAAGAAGGAAAGAAAAAUCAAGUUGGGAUUUUGAUCACAUUAUGGUCCAAGAUGAUCAUUUGUAUGCUGGGGCUCAGGUAAAUGUUUGCCUUGGAAACUGGGCAGUUGCAGAAAGUCAAGCUGGCUCCCUUUCUAUAUGUUGAUGGUAUUUUGCUCUGUGCCACAGUUGCCUGUGUUUGCCUAUAUUUGCCUCCCAUGGUUCAGUACUCUCUGUGGUUGUUCCUAUUUUUAAAACCAUUAUUUGGCCAUGCCUUUGAUGGAAGGUCUCAGCUGCUCCCAGUAGUCAUCUGGAGAAGAAAACAGCAAUGCUACUUCAGUACUGUUCAUUUCCAGACUAAGUAACUUUUAGUCCCCCUUGAUUUCAAAUGAACUUCAAUUAAUCAUAUCUAAAUUUUAACAUGGGCCUUGGUGUGGCCACCUUACUUUGGGUCUAAUCCUACACCUUCUUUGGAAUUCAUUAUUCAUUAACUGAUGAGAAUAAAGAUAUCCAUCCUUUCAGAUUUACUUAGUUCUCUUGCUAGACUGUUGCACAUGCUCAUAAUUCAGUGACUAAGCACUUCAUUCCUGGUUUUCAUAUGUCAGCAGUUCACAUUUUCUCCACCAUUUUUUCCACAACCUAGACUUCUAAUACAGAAUUUGAGUAUCAGAUUUGUCCAUCAAUAAGUCAGAAAUUCCCUCCCUCAAAAAAUUAAAGGUUUCCUGUAAAUUUGAAGCUUUCUGUGACUCAAAACAAGAUGUCAAGCAGUGUCCAAAUUCUUGGACUACCUUAGUCUUGAUGUAUAGAUAGGCAUAAAUGGAAAUGUCCUUCCCACAUUAUAACUGUCACAGGAUGACCUAUAACCAUUUAUGUGAAUGUUACAGCUGAAGUAGGAUACAGGCCUUCAUUAUCACUAGCUUGGUAAAAUAAAAAGUCAGGAUGAGGGACUAACACAUGGAGUGGGCGUACAAAACAUCUGUCUGUCUCAUUGUCCCAAUUCAUCUAUAGAUAAUUAAAGAGGCAUCUUUUCACAAAAGUAUUCACCAGUAUGCUGAUAAAAAACAGUUCCCUUUGCACGUUGGAAUUCCUUCUAAUGGCAUUAUCUAUACAUUUGUGCUUCUGCCAUCUGUAAUUGUAAGCUUCGUGGGUGAUUGUGUUCACUCAAGUCUUUCCUUUCACAAUUUCCUGGGCCUAAUAAGAUGGUGCUCAAACCUUUUGCAGCAUUUUUUCUUCCUCUUUGUAUGACUUACUCAUGUUGCCUAUUGCUACUUCCUUUGUAGGUGGGGGUGUAAGUGUACUGACUGGCAAAUACAGCCUGCUGUUUUAAGAUGCUGUUUUUUAGCUUUUUUUGAAGAGCAGUGGGAGCAUUUUCUCUUCCACUUUAACUGGAUUCUGUGAGGGGGAAAAAAGGAAACAUAAGUGAGGAGAUCCUUUGUUGGCACACAGUUAUGCUAGAAUAAUAUGCAAGUCUGUUUGCAAAGAACCCUUUGGAAGGCAAGCUGAAAGAUAGAUGCUCUUAGUUGUUUUUUUAAAAAACAGGACUUUUUAAAUAUUUUCAGUGCUUAAUGGCUAGUUAUGACCAAUUUUAGUACUGAUAUUACAAAAAGCAGUGGAUUGAACUAGUGUGAAGUUCAAAAAGCUGACCAUUUCUAUCUUAUUUGUAACAAUUUAAAAGUAUCUUUGCUAUUUUCUAGGCUGAUAAGUCAUGCCUCUUCUGUCUAGUACAGAGUUCUGCAAAACUUGAAAACUUACGUACUCUUUCUGCCAGAAAGUAUGAUGAAAGCUUACUGUCUUUUCUUAAUUUGUAUCUCUUUCUGGCUCUAUAUCAGCAGCAGUAGUCCACAUCAAACGUUAAUCUUUAAGUUUUCACAAAAGCUCCAUAGCAAUCUGCAGUUAACUUUCAUCUGAUCAUUCCUCAUUAAUCUUUUAUCAACACAAUGCUCCAGUGAAGCUAUAACAAAAUAAUGCUGGGCUUGAUUGUAAGUGAACGCUAGUAAGAGUCAGAAAAAGUAACCUUCAGGUGACAGAUUUAAUGCAAAAACAAAUAAACCAAAAUCAUAUUCUCCUG